CGCUGACGACGGCGCUGACGAUUGCGCUGACGACUGUGGGCAGCGGGCUCGGCUAGACCAGACUAGACUCCGUCGAGACCAACGGAGAUCGUGUUUUCGCAUUAUAUUUCGCGUGACUCUUCGACGAGGAGGAGCUACGGGACCGCGGUGGGUACCCGGAUAUCCGAGGGGCUUGGAGGAGCCGUUUUCCCCGCGGCGAACGCGUCGCCAAGAUGAGCUACCUGAAGCCGGUCGGCACAUUCUUCAUCUAUCUCAGCGUGAUCCUGGCCGUGAUCACGUUCCUGCCUGGUCUGCCGCCGGACGCGGAGUUCCGUGAGUACAGCGUAAUACCGUCGCGAAAGAUCGACCCCAAAUUAGGCCCGAAGAAUCGGCUGAACGGCGUCGAAAAGCUGUUUGUGGGCGAGCUGAUCGGCCCGGAGAGUUUCGACGUCUAUAACGGGCAGCUCUACACCGGAGUCCACGGUGGAUACGUCGUAAGGAUCGAGGAGGAUCAUUUUGUGCCGAUCGUCAAAUUUGGCGAGAAGUGUGAUGGCAUUUGGCAAGAGCGCAAGUGUGGCAGGCCACUGGGAAUGAAGUUCGAUAAGAAGGGUAAUUUGUACGUGAUGGAUGCCUAUUAUGGGGUUUUCAAGGUGAACGUUGCGACCGGAGAUUACAAAAAUAUAGUGAACAUUUCUAAACCGAUUGAUGGGAAACCUCCGCUGUUACCCAAUAGCAUAGAUAUCGCGGAAAAUGGAGAUCUUUAUUGGACUGAUAGCAGCACAGACUUCAGGCUUUACGACUUAGUGUUAACAUUCUUAGCGAAUCCAUCGGGAAGGCUUAUACGCUAUGAUGCAGCUAAAAAGAAAAACGAGGUACUGGUUCGAAAUCUAGGAUUCGCGAAUGGGCUCAAGUUGAGCGACGACGAAAGUUUCCUAAUUGUGGCGGAAACACAAAUGAGUCGUAUCAUAAGAUAUAAUUUGAAAGGGCCGAAGGCUGGUCAGCAUGAAGUCUUUAUUGACGGUUUACCGGGUUCACCGGACAACAUUAAAAGUGAUGGUCAAGGUGGUUUUCUCGUGUCUUUGGUUAUUACUAAAGACUCUGAGCAUCCUAAUCUUGUCCACUCUUUCAUGCCACAUCCAAACUUAAGAAAAUUGAUUGCACGGUUGUUGGUGCUGAUGGAACUACCAUUUAAAUUGUUGCACGACAUUUAUCCUAAUACAUAUUCGGAGAGACUUAUGCAUGCGAUAGGAUCGUUCCAAGGCUGUGAGGGUCUCAUAGAUUCACGACAGAAAAGUCUGUUGUUCAGACUAGAUGCAUCUGGUAACAUUAUUGAAGUCCUUUCUGGGGAUGAUGGAUCAUACCAGCGAAUGUCUGAAGCUCAGAUACACAAUGGCUUCUUAUGGUUUGGUUCCCCGUGGCUAAACUAUCUGUCGAGAGUCCCGUUAAAACAGGCUUUCCCUGACCUAGCUGACAGUGCGCAACAAUCCUCGCGUGUAAGGUACGAGAAACAAUCGCCGGAUACUUCAGGUGUGAAGACGGAAAGAGUGAAACGAAGUACGGAUUCUACGACAACAAAACCAACUGCCAUUCCUACAACGACGCCCAAGCCAACCGCUGCUCCUACGACGACACCUAAGCCAACCACUGCUCCUACAACACCCAAGCCGACCGCUGCGCCAAAGCCAUCUCCAGCUCCUAAGACGGACACUGCAGGCAGUGGCAGUGUGAAAUCAUCGGAAGCCAAGAAGGACAAUGCAAAAACAGUAGGUGACGAUGCUGGAAAGACACAAUCCGGAAAGAAUGUAAAGGUGGAGCAGGGUGCUUCUGUGAAACAAACUGCGCAGAAAUCACAACCAGAGAAAGCCAAACGGGAAACAAACCGUCCGAGAGACGAUCUAUAAUAAAAAAGCAAUUAAACUAUGAUACACUUGUGAUACCACCAACACUUGUUGAACGGUACACUCCAUUUUUUCAUUCCAUUAAAAGCGACAGGUUGAGGAUAUAUAGAUUAGAAUAUCGAUUUCUCAUUAGUUUGCUUUAUACUCACGUUGUUAUAUCCAUUGAUGUAUAUGACUUUAAAGUCAUAUACAAGUUAUACAAAUACAUAUACAAGUUGUGUGAUUUAUUAGAGGUGCUAUGAUUGCAAAAGGUAAAGUCCUACA